AUGGGGACCAGCAGGUGAGGAGAAGAGUGAUUCACUCCAGAGAAGUGGGGAUGCCCUCCCUGUCUGCCCCCUGGAAACUAAAUGGGGGAGAACAUUAGCUCUGCACAGCUGUGGCAGUAAAAAUGAUGAGUUGGUUGCUCAAAAAUUGCUACACAGUUGAGUCCAUGCUUUCGGACUACGACAUCCUUUCUCAGUCUAGCAUCCAGCAACACUCGCUGAAGAAGAGGGACCUCCAGCCUGAGACACACGUAGAGAGGCUCUUAAGUUUUUCAGCCCUGCAAAGGCACUUUAAAUUAUACUUAACUGCAACUGCUGAACACUUUUCAGAAAAAUUUCAAGCAUUGAUUGUGGAUGGUGAAGGCAAGGAAAAGGAAUAUCGUGUUCAAUGGCAAGAUUUUUUCACCGGACAUGUUGUUGGAGAGCAUAAUUCCAAGGUUGUGGCACAUAUUGGGGAUGAAGACUUUACAGUGAGAAUCAGUAGCGAUGGUGAAGAAUACAAUAUAGAGCCACUGUGGAGAUUUAUAGAUAAUGUGCAAGAUGAAAGACUGCUAGUCUACAGAUCUGAAGAUAUUAAAGAUUUCUCACGAUUGCAGUCCCCCAAAGUGUGUGGUUAUUUAAAGCUGAACGAAGAAGAACUGUUGCCAAAAGGACUGGAAGACAAGAAACAAAACGAAGCAAGCAUCCAUCGGAAGAAAAGAGCUGUUCCAGAGAACUCCAAAAACACGUGCAAGAUGUUGGUAGUGGCAGAUCAUCGUUUUUUCAAGUAUAUGGGCCGUGGGGAAGAAAGUACUACUAUAAACUAUUUGAUUGAAUUGAUAGACAGAGUAGAUGACAUCUACCGAAAUACUUCCUGGGACGAUGGAGCCUUCAAUGGGUACGGCAUACAGAUAGAGCAGAUUAUCAUCCACAAUGAGCCAAAUCUUGUAAAACCUGGAGAAAAGCAUUACAAUAUGGCAAAAAGUUACCCAGAUGAUAAGAAAGAUGCCUGGGAUGUGAAAAUGCUGCUAGAGCAAUUUAGCUUUGAUAUUGCUGAGAAAGCAGCUCACGUGUGCCUUGCUCAUCUCUUCACGUAUCAAGAUUUUGACAUGGGAACGCUUGGACUGGCUUAUGUUGGCUCUCCCAGACCUAACAGCCAUGGUGGCAUUUGUCCUAAAGCUUACUAUAGUCAAACUGCAAAGAAGGACAUCUAUCUGAACAGUGGCUUAACCAGCACCAAGAACUACGGAAAGACCAUCCUCACAAAGGAGGCUGACCUGGUUACGACGCAUGAACUGGGACAUAACUUUGGAGCAGAGCAUGAUCCUGAUAGUCUGCCAGAAUGUGCCCCCACUGAAGACCAGGGAGGGAAAUACGUUAUGUAUCCAAUUGCUGUCAGCGGAGAUCAUGAAAACAAUAAGAUGUUCUCAAGCUGCAGCAAAAAAUCCAUCCAUAGGACCAUAGAGAUCAAGGCCCAGGAGUGCUUCAGAGAGCGCAACAACAAAGUGUGUGGGAACUCCAGGGUGGAUGAAGGGGAGGAAUGCGAUCCUGGCCUCUUGUACCAACAGGCUGACCCCUGCUGCUCUGCAGACUGUAAGCUGAAAGAUGGUGCCAAAUGCAGUGAUCGGAACAGCCCCUGCUGUAAAGGCUGCCAGUUUGAAAGUGCACAGAAGAAAUGCCAAGAAGCCAUAAAUGCCACUUGUAAAGGAGAGUCUUUCUGCACGGGGAACAGCAGCGAGUGCCCCCCUCCAGGGAAUGCCCCAGAUGACACAGUCUGCGUGGACAUGGGGAAGUGCAAGGACGGGGAAUGCGUCCCUUUCUGUGAGAGGGAGAAGAACCUACGGUCGUGUGCGUGCAAUGAAACGGAUAAUUCCUGCAAGGUGUGCUGCCGGGACGAGCAGGAUAGGUGCAUACCGUACGUCGAUGCGAACGACCAGUUCCUGUUCCUGCGCAAAGGGAAGCCUUGCACUGUGGGCUUCUGCGACACAAAUGGUAAAUGUGAGAAGCAAGUACAGGAUGUGAUUGAACGCUUUUGGGAUUUCAUAGACCAACUCAGCAUCAAUACUUUUGGGAAGUUCCUAGCGGAUAAUAUAGUGGGCUCUGUGCUUGUCUUCUCCUUGCUUUUUUGGAUUCCUCUCAGCAUCCUCGUGCACUGCGUGGACAAGAAACUGGACAAGCAGUACGAGGAGAACACAAAGUCCCUGUUUUGCCCGAGUAACGUGGAGAUGCUGAGCAGCCUGGACUCCGCCUCCGUUCGAAUCAUCAAGCCCUUCCCGGCGCCGCAGUCGACGAGCCGCCACCAGCCGCUGCAGCCCAUCACAGCCGUGCCCGCCGCCACUGCGGCACCGAAACAGGACCACCAAAGGAUGGACACUAUUCAGGAGGACCCAAGCACUGACUCUCACAUUGAUGAGGACAGGUUUGAGAAGGACCCUUUCCCAAAUAGCAGCUCGGCCGCCAAAUCUUUUGAGGACUUGACAGACCAUCCUGUCAUUAGGAGUGAGAAAGCUUCGUCCUUUAAACUACAGCGCCAGAACCGUGUGGACAGCAAAGAAACAGAAUGCUAGUGUCUUGCUGCCUUCUAAAAUGUAUGACUUCCAUCUGCAAAAUACGGAUCUAAAACCAUUUCAUUUAUAUAAAUAUAAAUAUAUGUAUAUAUAUUUUUGUGAGGGAGUGGGAGAUAUAAGGAAGUGACCUACUGCAGAUGCUGGUCAUGUGUAUGACCUUCCUUAAAUUACAUUUAUUAGAGCAUUAUAUCUUUUAAAAAGGAAAAUCCAAACUAGAACUGGCUUGUUUUUGAAGCUUUUUGGAUUUGUUUUUCUAUUUUCUUGACGUUUAACAUUUCCUUCAACCUGUGGUGCAAAACCAAAUAUCCUGCAGGAUAUUGGAUUGUGUGUAUCAGCCUUUUUUAUAACUUAAUAUUUUCUAGUCUGACAGCACUGAUAGAGACAAAAUUAAGGGGCUUUUAAAAACAAAAAGAAAACACUGCAGUACGUUCCGUAUAGAGUAGAUCAUUUAAGGUACAUGUAAGCAAAAGCCUAAACAGAUGCCUCGAGAACAGAAUGAAAGUAAUGAAGCAGAUAAAAAUACAGUCUCGCAGCAUUAAAUGACAAUGCAUAAUUGGAAUCGAGAAGCUUAAGAUGUACAGCUUCAAAAUAACAACAAACGGGUCAUCUGGAGGCUGUUAAACUUAUACAAUGUAUGGAAAUGCUCCUCUAGCAUGAAACUGUUUUGCCUCUAGUGGCGAGGUUGUCUUGUCUUUGUGCCUCUGCUGCAGAGGGCUUUGGUUGGGCGCCUCCCACCCUGCACUGCGAGUGCCUGGCAGGGGAGAGAGGCGCAAGCGGAGAAGUCAUUUAUGUGGAUGAGGACUGCUUCAAGACGCUGCUUACAGCAGUUGUUUCGGUACAGAGACGUUUCUCCAAAUGUUAUUUCGAAAUCAGCAACACUAUUGCUGAGAUGUUCAGAGAGCCGAGCAUCACUUUGCUGUGGUCUGUGUGGCCAACAACAUUCACUCCAUUGCAGGGGGGGCAUUUGUUUAAAACCAAUUGUGAAUAAAAAAAAAACCAAAACAAAACCAAACAACAAACCUCUGUUAAACUUACAGGGCAGGUAUAAAGAGGAGACUUGAUGAAUUCAAAUUCCCACACAGGUAGUACAAUGUGAUGUUAGACGGUAAUUUCAUGGUGUCCUCUGAGCUGAUAGAGCUGGAGAUCUGUAAGGGGAGCUGGGAGGUGAGCGUUAUUUUUGCUUAGUAGCAGCCAGACUGACACAGGGGAGUCGCAGAGCAACUGUCGUGAUAGUAAAGCAGCAUCGUAAUUCUGCAACUGUUUUCUCCCAUAAUAAUCUGUUGAUAAAACUGACAUAAAACCAUUUUAACUGUUACAAGCCUGCGCUCAGGCACAGGGGAACCCUGCUGCUGCGGAAAGCCUCUGUGCUUUUAAACGUGAGGGAAAGGAACCAAACCUGUGCUGAAAGGAUUGCGGGAAUAACCCCCUCUCCACCCCACCCAGGGAUUCUUGUUACACUAAUACUUGAACGUGUGCCUUACGGUUUUCCUGGCUGACUAGCUAUUGUGUUUUAUAUACUGGAUUUGAACUUUUGGGGGUUUUUUUGUUUGGGUUUUCUUUUUUUGAUUCAGUGCAAAGUACACGUGUGAGGAGUUGAGUUAAUUU